AUGGCAACACUUGGACCAAAGCAUUGGACGCAUGAACUGACACUAGUGGAAGGCAGUGUUCUUAUAGCCUUGCCGCUGAUCGCUUUGGUUAUGAGUUACAUAUUGCUACGUAUUAUAUGGAAGGUUCCUGAAUCACCCGAGUUGUCUCAACGCAUAUUCCGCUCAUAUAAUUCACUUUCCCUGGAAGGUCCCUUGCGAUCAAUUCGCGACUCUAAAACCUCGCUCAUUGAGGAGGGAGAAGUUGCUGGUGAUUACGAAAUUCACUGGUAUGACACCUUUGAUUUUGCGUUUGUGACUGGAAUGAUAGUCUUUGCCGGGGCGUUGCUCAUUCUGACUUAUAUUUACGAGUCACAGUGGCUACACGAGACCAAAUUCUGGGUGAUGCAGCUACCGAAGCUUGUGGUGAUGAUGGUUGUGUCACUUGUUGGUGGGAUUAUCUGUCGUUGCUUUUGUGAUGUGGAUGAAAAGGGUUACAUCAUGACGAACAAGUCGUCAAAGUUUAAAGUCAACUACACGCGUAAGCUGCAGCACUUUGCUGCGUACAUGGUGCCACUAGUCAUCAAGUCGGAGUAUUCUGGUUCAAUUGCUCUGGCAUGGGGUGAUUUUUUUACAAUGUUGGGCUUCCUUGUGCUCAUCAAGCCUAUUCUUCUCCAGCUCCAACUAGUCGAUGGGCAGAUCAGUCUUGUUGCAGGUCCUCUGCUUUGCUGA